UUUGGGUUUAACUAGAACACUUAAGCAAAAAUGCUUAAGCUUGCUAUAUCGUUAAUCCUACUGGCGGUAAUCGCUAGUCAGGCUGCCCCCCAGGAACGCUGGCGAACUCGUUUGAGCCGCGUCAAUGGACCUCAGAUGGAGUGGAAUCUUGCUCGGGUAGCGGCAGCUCGUGAACGGCAGGAACAGGAAGCACGCCGUGAACAAGCACCGCAAGCUGGACAGCAACAACAGACCGGGGGUGGAGAAAGCGCUGUGGAUAGGCAGCUGCAACAGCAGCGCCGUCGCUUGGAAGCUGAAGUUGAAGAGGGUAGGCUGGCUGCAGCGGAGUUGGGGUUAGAGGAGGGUGAAGGCGAGCAGCAGCAACAACAACAAGUACAAGAUGGGGGAGAAGAAGAGCGGCAAGUUGAGGGUGGUGGUGGUGGUGGUGAAGGGGGUCAAGAUCAACAGGAGAACAAUAAUGAGGGGGAAGAUGAGCAGGAGGAUGAAGAAGAAGAUGAAGUGGGUUUAAUCGGAGAAGGAGGUGCAGAACAGGGCGGUCGGCGAGAAGAAUAUAGACCGAAAACUCAUAUACAAGUGAUUGAACGUCCAGGCAGACGAGGUGGUGAGCAACGAGAUCAGCAAGGUCAGCAAGGUGGUGAACAGCAAAGUCAGCAAGGACAAGAACAGCGAGGCCAACCAGAACAAAAUGCUCAACGAACCGAAGAACAAGGAAAUCAGCGUGAAGCGCAGCAAGGUCAGCAAGGUACUGAACAGCGAGGUCAGCAAGGUGCAACACAGCCUAAUCAGCAAGGUGGUGAACAACGAGAACAAAACGGACAACGAACCAAUGAGCAAGGAAGUCAGCGUGAAGGAAAUCAAACUGAUCAGCGUGAACAAAGUGGACAGCAAGCAGAAGGUCAAGCAGCUCAGCCUGAAAGCGAGUUAGGCAAUCAGCAAAAAGUGACAGAAGCUAGUCAACAAGGCGGAGGCGAGAAUCGUGGAGAAGAACAAGCCAAUGAGAGAGAAGCCGGCCAGACCGGUCAACGUGGAGAAGAGCAACAGGCUAAAGGUAAGAUUAUUCUGCCCAAUUACGAAUUCGCGUACGGAGUUUACGACCCGGUGACUGGGGAUCACAAGGAUCAAUGGGAAAAACGCGUCGGUGAUCAUGUCAAAGGUGUGUACUCUUUAGACGAGCCCAAUGGAAAACGACGGGUUGUGAAAUACGAGGGUGAUAAAACGCGUGGAAUCGAAGCCACCGUCACUCAUAUAGUACAGAAGAAAAAAGGAUCACGCAGGGAACAGUUGAAUGGCAUUGCCCACAGUUUUAGUGCAGUUAAGAAAAUCGACCCAUGAAAGGGAAAAAUGCAUCCAAUUGUUAUCAUAGAAAUGUAAAU